AGGCUGCGGUGGGCGUGGUCAGCCUCUCCAGGUUCUCGGCCUCUGAUCACGAGACGACCGGAACUCGUGUGAGGGAGAAAAUGUCGCACAGAAUCACGAGCCUAACGGUCCGGGACGUGCGCUUCCCGACGUCUUUGGAGCAACACGGUUCCGAUGCGAUGCACUCGGACCCCGAUUACUCGGCCGCAUAUGUGGUGAUCGACACGGACUGCGGGUUGAGAGGCUUCGGCUUAACGUUCACUUUAGGGAAAGGAACGGAGAUCGUGCUGUCCGCUGUGGAGGCGCUUGCUCCUCUGCUCGCUGGGAGAUCCCUGCAGGAGAUUGUGAGUGACUUCCGUGGCUUUUACCGGCUGCUGACCAGUGACAGUCAGAUGAGAUGGCUCGGUCCGGAGAAAGGCGUGAUCCACCUGGCCACUGCUGCCGUGCUGAACGCCGUGUGGGACCUGUGGGCGAGGGCCGAGCGCAAGCCGCUGUGGAAGCUGCUUGUUGACAUGGAUCCAAAGCAGCUGGUCGCAUGCAUCGACUUCAGAUACAUCACUGACGCGCUUACGGAGGAGGAAGCUCUAGACAUUCUCGUGAAAGCCCGGGAGGGAAAGCAGCACAGAGAGGAGCAGAUGAUGAAGGAGGGUUACCCUGCGUACACCACCUCGUGUGCUUGGCUCGGUUACUCUGACCAGCAGCUCCAACAGCUCUGCACAGAUGCACUCAAGGAGGGCUGGACCAAGUUUAAGGUGAAAGUCGGUGCCGAUUUAGACGACGACAGACGCAGGUGUCGUCUCAUCAGGCAAAUGAUUGGACCCAGUAACACUUUGAUGAUUGAUGCUAACCAGAGAUGGGACGUCGAUGAGGCAAUACGCUGGGUGUCCAGCUUGGCUGAGUUCAAACCUCUUUGGAUUGAGGAGCCCACGUCUCCAGACGACAUCCUCGGACACGCUGCAAUCUCCAAAGCUCUGGCUCCGCUUGGUGUUGGAGUGGCCACAGGGGAGCAGUGUCACAACAGGGUGAUGUUUAAGCAGUUCCUCCAGGCCUCGGCUCUCCAGUUCGUCCAGAUAGACAGCUGUCGCCUGGGAAGCGUUAACGAAAACCUGGCUGUGCUGCUGAUGGCUCACAAGUUCCAGGUGCCCGUGUGCCCGCAUGCUGGAGGAGUUGGUCUCUGUGAGCUUGUCCAGCAUCUGAUUCUGUUUGACUACAUCUGUGUGUCUGCAAGUCUCCACAACCGGAUGUGUGAAUACGUUGACCACCUUCACGAGCACUUCACAAGUCCUGUGGUGAUUAGAGAUGCCCACUACAUGCCCCCUAAGGAUCCAGGCUAUUCCAGCGAGAUGCUGGAGUCAUCAGUGACGAGACACCAGUACCCCGAAGGAGACGUGUGGAAGCAGCAUUUGCACAAAUAGACUUAGAUUGAACUGAAUCAUUUAAAAUACUGUAAUCAGUGUAGCAGCGUGGUCGAUUUACUGCUUGGCUCCUGUUGAAUCAACAUUUCAGUACACAUCAAAUUGAGACAGACUUAAAUUCUUUAUUUACAAAUUAGAUAUUGAUUACAUUUAAAAUAAAGUCAGUAAAACAAAUGUGGCAUCAGGUUAAAACAACUGUUUCCAUUUGUUAUGUAAAACCUAUAAUUACACAACUCAGUGGACAAUCUGGAUGAACUACAGUAAAGGACAGGCGUGAAGCAUACAGGCCACUGUAGAUAUGGAACAAGCAGCGUUACACGGCCAUCUGCAUCUUAAUGGUGGGAUGAGGAUUGUAAUCGCAAAUUUCAAAGUCCUCUGCACAGAAAUCGUUGAUGCUCUCCACGUUUCUCAGGAUCUUCAGCUUGGGAAAGGGUCGAAGCUCUCGCUGAAGCUGUAAAUUGCAAAACAUUUUGUAUACAUGUGAAAUUCAAGUGGACGGAUAUUUAAAAAAAAAUCCCAUAUUUGAUUAGCCCACCUGUAUUUUGAGGGGUUCGAUGUGGUUGAGGUAGAUGUGAGCGUCUCCCAGAGUGUGAACGAAGUCACCAGGCUGAGAAGGUGGAACCAAACACAGCACAUGUGAGCUUAUGGAGGACACAGCCACGAUCCAACGAUGGAGAGUUUGUGACAAGGACUUUACCUUGAGGCCUGUGAUGUGAGCGAUCAUGUAGGUAAGAAGUGCAUAGCUGGCAAUGUUAAAGGGCACCCCCAGACCCAUGUCUCCUGAGCGCUGGUACAGCUGACAGGACAGCUCACCAUCGCACACGUAGAACUGGCACAGAGCGUGGCAGGGAGGCAGAGCCAUGAGGGGCAGAUCUGCAACCACACAGGACCAUCAGCCUCUCGUACAAGCAGUUAAAUCUGACCGAGUUGAUCGAAUAAAGUUGAAUUGCUGAUGCACCUUUGGGGUUCCAAGCGCA